AUGGCAGGCGGAAACUUUCAAGAAUGGACGGUUGAGGAACCGUAUCUCAACAUCCACUGCAAGCUCGGGGAGGGCCCGUACUAUGAGAAGGCAACCAACACCUUGCGUUGGGUGGACAUCAUCAAUCACCGAGUGCACACAGUGUCUCUUUCCGAGGGACCAGAGUCGGUCAAGACCAUUCAACUGGACACGCCCGUGGGCGUCACGGCGGAUGUUGAGGGCUCCGACCCCCAGGACCAGAUACUUGUCGGCAUCAAGUACGGCCUCGCCCUUCUGGACCGCAAGACUGGCAAAUAUGAGUACAUUGCCAGAUUCUCGUCGGCUGAUGGGCAGGACAAUGAGCGCCUGAGGAGCAACGACGGCGCAGUCGAUCCCCAUGGGCGCUUCUGGCUAGGCAACAUGACUGAUUUCGGGAAGGGCGAAUUCCAGACUGAAGGCAAGUCAUCAUUAUGCCGGCCAAUCCCCUUGAACUUUGAUUAUGCGUUGGGCCCGAGAAACGCGUGCACAGACGGCCCGGCACCCACAACAAAUGACGAAGCCGUGCACGCGGAGACGAAGAAGCCAUCGCAAGCCAAGAAGAUUGUGCCGGAUCUCAUGAUCCCAAACAGCAUCAGCUGGUCUCCCGACAAUAAGACGCUGUACUACACGCACUCCAACGCCGGCAAAGUUCAUGCUUACGACUAUGACACGACCGAUGGCAGCGUGUCAAACCACCGCGUCUUUUAUUCACACGAGGGGUCGGGCGGGCCCGAUGGCCACCGCGUGGACAAGGACGGCAACAUCUGGCAUACGGUGUACGGUGAGAGCCGUGUCGUAAAGAUCUCGCCGGUGGGCAAGGUCAUUGGCCAGAUCAACCUGCCGACCAGGAACAUCACGUGCUGCGAGUUCGUGGGUUCGGUGCUCUACAUCACAACUGCGAAUGACGACGAAGGCGAGGGCAGGAGCAAGGAGCUGGGAGGCGCGCUCUUCAGGGUUGAUGUCGGGACGACGGGACUCGAGCCAUUCAAGUUCAAGUUCAAGCUCGGUGCCUGA